GACUUCUAUUUUUGCCCGAUUUGUCGCCAAAGUGAUAUCAGAGGAAGAAAGCACGUGUUCAGCAAGAAACAUCAAGAUCGCCUCAUAUUUGUGUUAGAAAAAUUUGCAUUGAAGCCAACGUCUCUCCAUACAGAACUGAUGCCUUUGAGGUCGUGAUCAGGAAGGAGGGAGUUACACCCAAUACGCGCUAGCUUGGUGACCUGGGACCAUGGACAGUCUGGUGACGUUGGACAACCAGGUGACUGAGAGGAUCUUCGAGGAGACCCUAACCAAGGAGCAGCUCGAUGACAUGCUCAAGAAUCAAAUCAGACCAGCUCACUGGGAGGAUGGUAUUGCAUCCUACUUCAGGGUCCAGAAGAUCAUUGAUCUCCUGCAGGAGGUGGACAAACCCUUGGAUCCCAAUCUGGACCUUGCCAUCACCGUCUUGUCCGCUGGCAGAGCUAGGAUCCGCAACCAGUCUCACAAGGACUUCUGCCGCGACAUCAAAGCCAAGAUGGACGAUCUAGAGGGUCAGACCGAUGAUGAUCUUCAUCAACCUGUAGAAUGGCUAGCCCCUGGUUGCUUCCCGAUAGGACCAGAGUGCGAAUCCCUAGGAAUCUUGGGUGAUAUUCUCUUUGACAAGGAGAAGUUGUUCCCUAAGGCUAUUGAUCCUGACAGCAUUUCGAACAGAGUGAUGUUUGAACUCAGUGAAUAUGUGACCCGUACAAAAGAAACGUAUGAGACCCUGGCAGGGUGGAUCAAGAAAAUAAUGGGAUGGGGCGAUGAAUUUGACCUUACUUCAAAGAUGGUUGACAAUUGGUGCGCCACGUUGAUGAGAGAGACCAAGAAAAGGAAGAAGAGUAGCUUAACUUUGGCUCAGAAAUACCUCUUGCAAAAAUUCCAAUUUUCUGGGUUGGAGUUCCCUACAACGAGCCAUGGCAAAGAGGAUAUAACUAAGCCAUCCUUGGAGCAUCCACCAGAAGCAAGUGGCAUCGCUGUUGAAUUUUCUGAGGAUGAUGCAGAGAAUGACAAAGAAGAAGCCAUGGAUGUAUCCGGUUUCCUUCAAGAGGGCACAGAAGUGGAUAAACCACCAAGUGAAAAGAAAUUACCGGUCACAUCAUCUUCACCUGUUGAUGGAGAUGAAAAUGGGGAAAUUGAUGGCAACGAUGGUGGUGAUAUUCACAACAGAAGUGAUAAGGAAUUGAGCAGUGGUGAGGAAAAAGAAGCAGUUGAAGCGUCAACAUCACAGUCUUCAAGGAAGACAUCACCUAGAAGUGCAGCUAAAACUGCUCGGGCCAAAAUGAUUACACCUGAAUCAAAGACUCUAUCUAGAGGUGCAGCUAUAGCUGCUCGGGCCAAAAUGAUUACACCUGAAUCAAAGACUAUAUCUAGAGGCGCGGCUAUAGCUGCUCGGGCCAAAAUGAUUACACCUGAAUCAAAGAAUUUAUCUAGAGGUGCAGCAAUAGCUGCUCGGGCCAAAAUGAGUAAACCUGACCCAAAGACUUUAUCUAGAAGUGCAGCAUUAUCACCCUUGAGUAAGAAGGAAACUAGACAAUCUACAUCUUCUAAGAAUACAAAGAGAAGAGCCCCAGCAAAGAAAACCACAUCAAAAGUACAAAAGCCUGCCAGAAGUAGUGGUCGUAAAAGAAUACUAGAUUCAUCUGAUGACUCUAGUACUGGUGAAAAGCCUGCCAGAAGCAGUGGUCGUAAAAGAAUACUAGAGUCGUCUGAUGACUAUAGUUCUGGUGAUCAGGAUGAUGAUGAUGACGAUGAUGAGGAUGAAGAAGAGGAUGAGGAGGAGGAGGAUGAGGAGGAGGAUGAGGAGGAGGAGGAUGAUAACAGCAUCGAGGAAGGUGAAGUAAGGACAAUCAGACGCAAGUCUGGGAAUACCAGUAUUAUCAAGAGAGACAUUGCUGAGGCUGCUAAACUUUUCACGUCCAUGAGCGGAGUUGUGAAUACUCUAAAGAAAGACAUGCGAAUCGCGAUGGACUACCUGGAAAGUCAGACUGCCAAGAUAUGCAAGAAUCUUCAAAAAGCCGAGAAAAAGCUGGACAAUGUCAUGAAAAUGGUGGAAUCGGACAAAGCACAACACGAUAGUGAAGAUGAGGUACAGGAGGAGAGUAGCGAGGAAGAAGAAGAAAGUGACGAGGAAAAACCGGUGAGACGUACCAGGGGAUCACAGCAAACUAAGAAGAUAACUGUUCAAGUCAAACCAGGCGUAAAAGCCAAACUUAAGAGACCACUUGUCAACGUCAAACGGCUUUCCCCCAGAAAGGGCCAUUCUCACCCUACAGCCAGUGCACAGUCAACUAAAGUGACUCGAACGCCAUUAAAAGUUUCUCGGCAGAAGAUGGGUAGUAGAGCUUCAAGUUCAACAAAAUCCAUGGCUACCGAAGAAGAAAUCAACAACUUUGACAAGGAAAAGCUCUUCUCUAGUAGAGUGUCUGUGUCUCUGGUUAAGAUCAGUAGUAAAGAUCUAGUCAAGAAAACUUUAAAAGAGUAUGACCACUGUUUUGAAGAUAGCGACGAAGAGUCGACAUGUUUAAGAACGACACGAAGGCACUGUACUUCGUUUGAGAAGUCAGGAAAAACAAGUGCAAGAAAAAGUCCAGCUAGGAGAGGUCCGGAACCAAAGAUAGACUCUGAUGAUGAAAAAGAGAGGAGCGAUGAGGAAGACCAAGAGAUGGAAGAAGACGACAAACUUUCAAAUAGAGCAAGAAGAACAUCCGGCAAAUUUCAGUCAAAGCAGAAAAGUGCAGAUGUGAGCAGUGUUAAGAAUAAGAACUCAAGGAAGGUCAGUUCUGAAUCAUCAAAGAAACAGGAUUCUGAUCAUUCUGAUGUUGACGAGAAGCCUUCCUCUAAAAAUUUUACAAGGAGUAAUCCUAGGGAAAGCAGAAAUGGCAGAGUGAACCACACAAAUACGGAAAUAGUCUCAAGCGAAGAAGAAGAAGAGAAACAACCCUCUAGGUCAACACGUUCUUCAAGGUCUUCAAGGUCUAGAAAGACCAAAGAGGAUUCAGACAAGGGAGAGGGAUCCCCACCUAGAUCUCGGAAGGGAAGGGACAAAUCCCAACGUGAUAAGGAGGAAACUCACAAAUCCUCUGAAAUUGAACCACCUUACAGCGGCAGUGAGGACGAGGGUGAGGUUCCCAAGAAACCGGAGCGAUCUGCUUUUGCCGCUCUGGCAGCGGGAAUGUCGUCUUUUGGGGAUUGGCGGGGAGCAUCCGCAAAGGAGAAGGUGAAGAAACGAUCUCUGAAUGAUUUUGUCAAGCAGCUGAACAGUCCCAAGAGGAGAAAGACAGAUUCUGGAAAGAAAUCCUCUCCAGGAAAAAUAAACGCUAAACAUCAGCCCAAUGAUAAAAGCAGUGAAGAAGAUGACACUGAAUUGAACGAGGAGGAGAAUGAUGAUGAUGAUGACUUUCUCGAAAAGCAGACUGAAAUGGAACUCAAAAAACAAAAGUCAAAUGGAUCUACCACUCAGGAGGAAAGUACUAAACCACAAAAUGAUGAUAAAAUGGAUGAAACAAAUGAUGACGAGCAAGAGCACGAGAGUCCAAAUGAAUUUGAAACGGAGAGUCAAGUUGAAGGAGACAAAGAACAAAAUAAGUCUGAAAAAUGUGGCAAUGAGGACAUUCCAGCAAUUGAAAAGACUCUGUCCAAUCAGAAUGCUGAUGAUGAGGCAAAGGGUAAUUCCGAACCAGCGGGGAUUGAAGAGAAGGAAUUCGUAAAAGACGAUGAAUUUCCUGGAGAUGGUAUCGUUGGAAAGCGCAUCCGGCAUCGCUGUAGUUUGGGCAAACAUGGUCUGUACAAGUGGUAUGAAGGGAAGGUGGUCCACAAGACUUCUCCGAGUGAAUUGCUCAAGCUGGAUGAGGAACAAAUUGGUCAUCUGAACAAUCUCUACACCUUUUAUACGGUGAAGUAUGAUGAUAUCGACGAUCUCCAUGCCAAAGCAUUAGCGUAUGACUGGGACAGAGAAAAUUUGGUGCUCUGCUCAUGAGAAUGGAGCAAUAAUCGUUGCUCAUGCUGUCAAGUGUUUUGGCUUUCAUUUAUCUGUACCGGUUAUUGAAAGGUGCUAGCAUCUGGGCAUACCCAGGGAAGAGAGGGUUGGUGUAACAGGACUGAAAAAUGUUUAUAGUUUGGAAUUCAUUGACAUUUUCAUUUCCCAUGUCAGGGCUCCGUAUCAAUUUUUGUUUAAACUGGGUCUCGAUCCUGAGACACCUGACUGAAUUUUAAAGUCCCUCUGCACAGGGACUCAGUAGUUAGCUGUCAUGGGGAAUUCAACACUGUUCGGGUGUUCACCCAGUAACAGGUGUUGUCAAUCACCAGGGUACGCCUUAAGUUUUAUGACCAUUCGACCUUAUUUAAUGCUUUGCUUUUCCCUCACCCGAUCCGAAGCGGGAUCUGAAGCUAGACUCUCCGAGAGAUAAGGGGGUAAUUCUUGACUGGCCAAUGGGUUUGCUGUGUGCAGAUUUGUACUCCCAUUAAUGGUUUUCCCACCAAGUUUGGUGACUCCCUUUAAACAAAUCUUAGGAUCUGGAGAUUAUAUUUGGGGCCCGUGUCUAGCAGGUGCCCCUAGUGGGUGCCUGUUGGCGUCGAGCGAAAGCAAAUGUAGAGGAGAAUGUACAGGGAUUAUUUCCCUAUAUAAAUAUCCCACUUGUUCUAUGACUAUUGAAUGUGUUUUGAGCUUGAAACUAGUAUGACGAAUACAAACGUCUCACCUUGCUCUUAGGGAAGCAGAGCUGCCAAUCAUUCUGUUUUUGCCGUAAUUACUCUGUUUUUUCCUCCAAAUUACGGUAUCACGUUUUUUCUUCAUAAAAUACUUUUUUUUACAUACCGCAACUGCCCUAAAAUGGUGAUUUGUUCACAAAUUCAUUAGAAACUAAAUUUAAAACAUAUGGUACCUGA